UCCAUAUUCUUAUAUUUUUGGACAAGAAUGGAUGACCAGACAAUGGCUGACAAGCUCUGCACUGCUUCUGCCUGUGGACAUCUUGAUAAAGUCUUGUUUUUACUGCAAAGUGGAGCUGAUGUCAGUGGAAUUAACAAAUACGGGAGAACUGCACUGCAGGUGGUUAAAUUGAGUUGCCCCGACUUGGUUAAGGUCCUGCUCAAUAAGGGCGCAAACCCAGACUUACGUGACCCUGUCCUAGGCCUCACCGUGACGCAUGAUGCGGCGCGCGAAGGCUUCGAUGACACAGUGAGCGUCCUCCUGCAACACGGGGCGAAUCCGAACCUGUUGGAUGAUCGCGGUAACCUGCCGCUGCACCUGGCUGCCAAGGAGGGUAACCUGGAGGUGGUCCGGCUGCUCCUGGGGUUCACCGAGAACCCAAGCGCGACAAACGCCCAGGGGCGCACCGCCCGACAACUGGCUCAGGACCACGGCAAGACUCAGACAGCCGAGCUGAUCGACGAGUAUCUGAACAACGCACACUAGAAAGGAUUAAGAAGAGAACGAUUGCUGUUACAGCUGUUGAGCCGUUUCGACCGUCCUUCUGACUCUUCUGACUCAUAUACCUUGCAAACGCAAUGCUGCUUUAACAUUUUAGAAUCAAGUCAUUGAUUUUAGAACAUCCACACUUUAAUAUGCUAUUUAGAGUCCCAGCAAAUCACACAAGGCUUUAGAUUUGCUUUUGUAAGUUUCAUCUUCCCUGUUUAUCCUUGAGUUACACUUAUUUAUCAGUCUUUUUUUAAAAAUAUCUGUGCCCUUCAGCGAGUACUAAACAAACAGGAUGUGCUCUUCUGAGGCACCUCCAAUGACUGGAAGUCAUAUCACUAGCUGUGUGUGGUUCUCUAUCGUUAGCUAUGUGUGGUUUUCACACUUUAUUUUUCCAGGGCUUAAAAAAAUAGAACUGCAUUCUGGAACAGGUAACCAAUGUGUUCAAAUGUAAGCUUAAUAUAUUCUCAAAUAUUCUCUCUAUUCUCUGUAUCUCGCCGUGCUUCAUUCUCAGUUUUUCAUUAUCCGGAAGCAGUAGCUCACAUGGUUGAAUUCAUGUCUGAAUUACUAGUGAAAACAACAAAGAUGUGUCACGUGUUGAUAGCCACAGUGUGUGAAACUAAAACUAACUUCCUUUCAUGCUCAUGAAGUCCUUGCAGUCAAGAAGCUACAUGCUCCAUUUAGUCACAUACACAAUGUUAUUGCAACAACAUCAAUAGUAACCCUAGUGGAGUAUGCAGAUUCGUGAAAGAAAAAAAAAUCUAUAAAAAAUUACCUUUAAGUUAUGGCUGUACUACAAAAUGACAAAGGCCAUUCUUUGUUUUUACUACUCUUUCUCUCUGACUCCCUGUGAGUAUUUGAUAAGCUGCAGCUCGGUUCAGCUGCUUGGUGGGGUGUCUGGCUCAAAUGUCAUCUCCAGAUAGUAUAAUAUUCAGUCAUUUAUUCAUUCUUUUAUAUUCUAGCUGUUUAUAAUUCUCUGAGUAGCAGUGAGAUUGGAACCAUCUUGGACAGUUCACCAGUCUAUCAUUGGGCCACGUACUUAGACAUUCAAAUAUACAAAGAGCAAGAAAUCUUAUCCUAAGAACUUUCCAAAGGACUGCCACCAAGAAAAUGUGAAAUAAAAGGAGAAGCGCACUACAUUCAGAAUAGGCCCCUUUUUCAGAAUAGACUGUGAAGAAGCAUCACUCAUCUCAUUCAGCAUCAUAUGUGUACACUGUAAUUAUUUAUGAUGAGUGCAUUUGAAAUCAUCUUGUACUGGUUCACCCAAAGACAAUGGUUGGUUGAAUACUUAUACGUCCCUCUGUGUUCUGUUUAUCUCUGCUGCUCUGUGUGGGAAUGUGAAAAUGAAAGCUAUCAAAUAAAGUGAACCAACCUUUAACACCUGGUGUUUGUCUGCUUCAUUCAUGUGUUUCACAUCAUUCACAAAACAAAAUGAAUGGUUAUGUUUGAUGUGCUCCUUAGGAAAAUACUUCAGUUGCUCAUUAAUAACAGCUAUAUAAUGAUACUCAACGAAGCAAGCAGCUUCGAUACUGAUAUAAAAAAAACCGUUGGGAGCCAACACACAGAUCCAUGCCAAAAACAGAUAAUGUUUUAAAUAAAACCCCACCAUCUUUGAGUCCACUCAUGCCUCAGGCUUUUUUUCCCUUUUAGAGUAAACCUUUUUCUAAGAAUAAAAAACACCCUUUGCAAGUCUUCUCUUUCAAUUAUUUAAUCUUAACAUGUCCCCUGUACUGUGCACUGUCUGCAAAUGUGAGCCAAAAUCUGUUACCAGAAACCGUGACGUAUCGAUAGGAACUGUUAUGAAUAGACACACACACAAUCCACAAUGAACAGCGAGCAGUGUUUUGAACUGUUAUUUCAGUUAGUGUCAUCUAGGUCGUUGUGGUUUUUGGUUAUCUCUGAGAGAAGUACACUAGCUUUAGCUCCAAGUAAUCAAUUUCAAUUUGAAUAUUUUCAUGACUUACCCCACAUAGCGGUGCUGUUUUUGUGGUUUGUAUCCCCCUGUUCAACAAGAAUAACAGUUUGGUAGGAACAGUGUUUUAAACGUUUUAAUCAUUGGACAGACCCCUUUAAGUGGUGCUUUGGCCCAGAGGCAAUGUCUCUGGAACCCCAGGGUUCACCUCACGAUGUACUGGUACGGUGCAAUGUGAUUUGGGUGAUGGUCGUGGAGACUGCUGCCCCCACGACCCAGUAAUGGAUAAGUGGAUGAAAAUGGAUGGAUGGAUGGACAUACCCCUUCACUGCCUGUUUAUAAAACCUAUACUGCACUUAUUUGUCACUUGCUUUUACCACCUGUUGAGUCUUUUCAUGUUAACUGUAGUGAUUUGUUUAGUCUUUGUUUAGCCACAUGAUCUUUAAGUUGUAAUGUCGAAUGGCUGUGUUUUUGCACAUUGUCCUUUUAAAUGUGCCUCAGAAGUAGAACUGAAUGGUACCGAGUUUAUGACCUCAGUGUUCCGUCCAUCCAUCUAGUUAACAACA